AUGUCUUCCAUCGUCAACAAGGUCAAGGAGGUCCUGCACUCCGACAAGGACAAGGACGCCAAGUACGAUAACACCAACACCCACAACUCUCGCUUGGACGACACCCGCACAUCUGGUCUGAACUCGGGAACCACCGGUGCCGCCGGCACUACUGGCGUCGCUGGAACUACUGGUGUCGCUGGCACCCACAGCCAUGCUACUGGCCCUGCCUCCAACACUGCUGGUCCUCACUCAUCUAAUGUCGCCAACAAGGCCGACCCCCGCGUCGACUCUGACCUAGACAGCCGCAACCGCGUUGGUGGUGCCGGUACCACUCACAGCCACGGUACUGGCCUUGGUUCCAACACCACCACCGCCAGCCCUCACUCUUCCAACAUUGCCAACAAGGCUGAUCCCCGUGUCGACUCUGAUCUCGACGGCCGCAACCGUCUUGGCGGUGCCGGUGCUGGCGGUAUUGGUGCCGGUGGUGUCGGUUCCGGUGUUGGUUCUGGUGUUGGCAGCGUCGGUGGUGCAGGUGGUGCUACUUCGAGCUACGCUACCGGCCCUGCUUCCAACACUGCCGGUCCUCACUCCUCCAACAUUGCCAACAAGGCUGACCCUCGUGUCGAUUCGGACCUUGACAGCACCCGUCACCAUGCCGGCGGCGCUGGCGGUAUCGUUGGCGGUACUGGUGCCACCCACGGCCAAACUCACGGUUCUACUAACGCCGGCCCUCACUCCUCCAACAUUGCCAACAAGGUUGAUCCCCGUGUCGACUCCGACCUGGACAACCGUAACCGCGUCGGUGGUGCUGGUGCCUUCGGCAGCGGCCCCGGCCCGGCCUCUAACACUGCUGGCCCUCACUCCUCCAACCUUGCCAACAAGGCCGACCCUCGUGUCGACUCUGACCUAGAUGGUCGCUCUGGCUACAACACCCGCAGCUCUGCUGCUGCCGCCGGUACCACUGGUAUCCACGGCGUUCACGGACAACAGUACAACACCACUGGUGGUAGCAACACCCUUGGCAGCACUGGCACCGACCCUCUACACACGCAUAGCGCCACUGGCACUCAUAACUCUCACGGCAUCUCUGGCUCCCACGGCACCACUGGUGUUACCGGAACUCACGGUGUCGCUGGCCACACUGGCCCUCACGGCGCAGUCGGCGGUGCUGGUGCCUACGGCACCCCCGGCCCUGCUCCCAACACGGCCGGGCCUCACAAGUCCGAUGCAUUGAACAAGCUUGACCCACGCGUCGACAGCGACCUCGACGGCAGCAAGACUGUCGGCGGCAACAACACCUGCCUCACGGAGGAUGGAAAACAGCCCUGGUUUGCGCCCUUGUUCGGAAGCAACGCUGAAGCUGAUCAUGGCAGAUGUACCAAGGAGGUCUCGCGAUGUUCUUUGAGUGGCUGGCUUUGUGAAGCAGAUUUUUCCAAGCACACGAUGGACGACAUUCAUGUUUCAAAGCGGUCGAUCUUAAACACCUUGGGACGCAAACAUGCAAAUAUAUGGGAGGACGAGACAGAGGCCGUCUCCUAUACCUCGCAUGCGCCUGGACAUCCCUGCAGUCUAUAUAGCAUCUCGGUGACUGCCGAAAAGUCUGCGCAGGGUGAUCCGCAGAUCAAGAUUGACAGGGCAGCCUGA